UCAACCGUCCUUGUAGGCACGGCUGGAGGCACGGCUGGAGGCAGGGAGCAGUCCAGCCGCGAUGCAGCCGCAGGAAUCAGGAGCGUCAAAGCCAAUGCCUUUCCCGCAAAACCGGGCCUGGCCGUCUCCAGGACGGCCACAGGAUCCUCGUCUCCUCAUGUCACGUUGUUCAACGCACCUGGUCUGGUUCGUUCGUUCACAUGGUGUCUAUCCCCUUGUCUCUUACUCAUAUUGCCCUCGUGUCCCCUCUCCGUCUUCCAAAUCUUCUUGCCUCAACUCCAGCCAUUGACGCCGUGCGAGUACGAGCACCACUCGUAUACCAGCAAGGGAGGGGGCCAAACAAGCUGCAGGGCUGCUGCUUUUUGCCUGCGGCGUGUCCUCGCCCGGCAAUUGGGCCACCGGCACCAGCCUGUGCGCGCCACGCACCACCCAGCAGGUCGGGAUCAGAGACCGCCCUUUUUAGCUCGUGCCCACCGUCUCGAUCGAGCCGUGACGCUGAUGGAUUGCGAUAGUGUGCCAUCUUCCCUGUAUGCGAGCAGCCCGUCAACCAGGGGGGGCCACUCGGUGGUGUACCCGCGUGAACAGGGCAGGGCGAGUGGUGAGUGGCCAGAUUGAGCGAGAGGAGAGAAAAGAAAGAGAGAGAGUCGAGCGAGAGAACUGCCCAAGGCGGAAAUACUUUGGGUGUGUCAGAAAUACCAAGGUAUACCUACCUACUAUUACUUGGUGCAUGUACGUACUUUGUCUGGACUUGGAGGCAGCCUCCUCGUAGAUGCAGCAGCUUCAUUUCGUUAAAGCACCGCUAGCAGGAAGAGGAGGUGCUGGU